UAAAGAAUUAGAAAUACGUUUUUCGCAUAUUAGCAAGAGGAGCAAUGCUUUGUAAAACAUCUCCGAUCUGGAUAAGGGACAGAGGUCGAUCCGUUUCAAGAUGUGAUAGUGUUGGCUUAUCAUAAGCUCGGACGUAAAAACGUAAACAAACGCGGCACGUGCUUUUAGCGCGUAGUUGAUGUGUAUGAGUUGGCAUUCAGGCCAAUAAAUGGAACGAAUAUUUUCAUCUCCGUAAAGGUGGCUAAGUCUCGUUACCAAACAAACAGGAAAAGAACAGGUGUAACAGCUUAUACUUGAUUAAGUUUGCAUCAUUGCUCGUUAUUUUCCAGUGUAUUACUGUGAAGCAGCUUGGAAACAAUCUGAUAUCUGUCUAGCAUUCUCGUAAAGAUGGAGUUUAUUAAAGAUGAGAGUGAUGCAGAGGCAUGCAGAGUGAGAGAUGAAGAUACUGACGAACAAAUAGACCCGGUGCAAGUGAAAGAUGAAAGUCAAGUGAAUGACACACAGGAGACACAUCUGUAUCAAGAAGCUCGUUUCAGAAGUGGAGACAAAUCUUUAAGUUGUUCAGAAACGAAACAGAAUCUCUCACAAAAAGCGAAGCGGAGAACAGAAGCCCACAGUUGUUUCACCUGCCCUGAGUGUGGAAAGAGUUUCACACAUAAAGGACACUUCAAUGAACACGUCAAAAUUCACUCCGGAGUGAAGCCCUUCACCUGCCCUCAUUGUGAAAAGAGUUUCACGUGUAAAGGGCACCUCAAAAGGCACGUACGGAUUCACACCGGAGAGAGGCCGUACACGUGCAGUCAGUGUGGAAAGGGUUUCAAAUGUGCGACGAACCUCAAAGAUCAUCAGCGCUCGCACUCCGGAGAAAGGCCGUUUAAGUGUGAUCAGUGUGGUAAAAGUUUUAUUUUGGCAUCAUGCCUAAAGGCCCACAUAAAAAUUCAUACAAAUGAGAAGCCUUACGUGUGUGCUGUGUGUGGAAAGGGCUUUUUGCGCUUGGGCUGUUUUAAUGAUCACCAGAAAAUCCACACCGGCGAGAGAUCUCAUAUAUGUUUUGAGUGUGGAGACACGUUUACUAGAUCCAGUGCGUUGAAACAGCACCAAAAAAUCCACACUGGAGAAAAACCUUUCAAGUGUUCAUAUUGCGGAAAGGGUUUCACUCAUUCUGGAGCCCUGAAAAGACACGAGCGAGUGCACACUGGAGAGAGGCCGUAUCACUGCACUGCGUGUGGGAGGACUUUCACCCAAUCCAGUGAUCUACAGAAUCAUAUAAGAAAGCCUUGUCCAAUGUUGUCACACAGUGAGCAAAGUUCAUCUUCAGUUGCAGUUUAAACAGUGAGAAGUUGCAGUUGUGCUGAAUGAGCUUUACAAAACAAACUUUUCCUUUUGAAAAGGAGGGUGUGUUGUCGCUGUCAGAUGCCACAUGUUUAAAGGAACUAUUUUCUUUGAUUGGAGUAGAAAUGCUAUUAAUUGGACUGUUAAGGCACCACGAUUCUUUUCUUUUCAGUUGUCGUACCGGUAGUUACUCGAUCGGUCUGUCUGAAAAUAUUUCAAGAAAUGAAGUUAAUUUGGUAAUUUCAUUUUUUUAACUGUGGGUAAGGGUUAUGUUUGAAUAGGGUAGCUUGUCUCGUACAGUCUCUUCUAAUCGAAGGCAGACACUAACGUGUAGUGUGGUGACCACAUGCCAUUUCCAGAAAUAAAAAAGCUACACUAAUCUUC